AUGUCCCCAUCCAACAAGGAAGUUGCCUCUCUAAUUAUUGACUACCUCGCACAAGUAAUCGAAGACAAGAAGGUCUCGGAUGAUGCUGCUGAUUCUUUGAACGUUGCUAUCGACUGUAUCGCUGAAUCAUUCGAAGUUCAAAAGGGUGACUCUGAAGCACUUUUCGGCGGAAAGAGCCUUCUAGAUCUAUUGGAAGUCGGUUCCGGUGUCUCCGCUUCCGCUAGCCAGGGUGAGAGUAUUCAGGUUAACAUCCCUCCCGAGGAUGCUGAGACUAAGGCCAAAGCCGAGGCAUUGAAAUUGGAAGGUAAUAAGGCUAUGGCUUCCAGGGAUUUCGAACUAGCUGUCAAGAAAUACACUGAAGCGAUUGCAGUAUUACCAACUAAUGCGGUAUAUUUCGCCAACAGGGCAGCAGCACAUUCUUCUUUGAAAGCUUAUGAAGAAGCUGUGAAGGACGCAGAAUCUGCUAUCAAGACUGAUCCUUCAUAUUCCAAGGGCUACUCCAGGUUGGGAUACGCCAAGUUUGCCCUGGGCCGUGCUGAAGAAGCGCUUGAGGCGUACAAGAAAGUCUUAGAUAUUGAAGGAGACAAUGCUAGCGAUGUGAUGAAGAGAGAUUACGAAACUGCUAAGAAGAAGGUGGAACAAUCUUUGGAUUUGGAGAAGAAGCCUGAGACUAAGAGCAGAUCGGAAGGGGCCACGGGUGCAGGUGGUUUUGGAGAUAUUGCCUCCAUGCUCGGUAAUGGGCUCGGUGGAUUGCUAAACAACCCACAGUUGAUGCAAGCCGCCCAGCAAAUGAUGCAAAACCCUCAAGCUAUGCAGCAAAUGGAAAGCUUGAUGCAAAAUCCUGGUAUCAGACAAAUGGCGGAGAAUUUUGCACAAGGUAACGGCGCCCCAAAUAUGUCGGACUUGAUGAACAAUCCGGCUCUUAGAGAAAUGGCUGGCAAUAUUUUUGGCGGUUCAGGGCCUGGCGAUGCAUCUUCUAAUGGCGGUAGCGGAGCAUCAGGAGAUGUCAAUAAGUAG